UCUCUCUCUAAUGUUGUCACUUCUCUCAGUUUGAAGUCUCUCCUCGGUCAUCCAGAUAGAUACUCACGGUCAUUUGAUUUGAAAUUUUUUGCUUAUUUUGGCACUGGGAAGGUUGUCUGCUAGUUCAUAUAAUGGAGAGAGACAGAGGUGACAGUGCAAACCAAUUUUUUGGAGGUCUUGGUAGUUUUUUGAGAAAAUGCAUUUUUAGAAUUUUGUCAAUGGGUCCCAUUCCCAAUCACAUUGCCUUCAUCAUGGAUGGAAAUCGAAGGUAUGCAAAGAAGCAGGGCAUGGAAGAAGGGGCUGGCCACAAGUCUGGGUUUUUGGCUCUGAUGAAGAUACUUCGUUACUGCUAUGAACUGGGAGUGAAAUACUUGACAGUAUAUGCCUUCAGCAUUGAGAAUUUCAAAAGGAAACCUGAAGAGGUCCAAUGCUUGAUGGAUCUAAUGCUGGAAAAGAUCGGUGAGUUGCUCAAGGAAGAAAGUGUUGUGAAUCAAUAUGGUAUCAGACUAUAUUUUAUAGGUAACCUGAAGCUUUUGAGCGAGCCUGUCAGGGUCGCAGCAGAAAAGGCAAUGGCAGCUACUGCCAAAAACACCAAGACUGUGCUUUUAAUCUGUGUGGCCUAUACUUCUUAUGAUGAAAUUGUGCAUGCUGUUCAAGAAUCCUGCGAGGAAAAAAGGAAUGAAAUUGAAACACUGUAUGCAAGUAAAGUUAGCAAUGGUGUGACUGAAGUAGUUGAAGAGGGUGAGAUAAAUGGAACCACUGAACAUGAUGUUCAAGGAUCUUGUGAAAAAAGCUUGAGCGAAUCCCAAGCAUUGGACACAACUAGAGCUUGCAAUGGUGUGAUUGGAGUUGAAAAGAAAAAAGGAGUAACUUUGCAUGCUGUUCAAGGAUCCUGUGAAGAUAAAUGGGAUGAAGCCACGAGUAGAACUUCCAAUGGUGUGACUGAAGGAGUUGCGGAUGGCAAAAAGAAGCAGUGGAUGCAUCCUACUAUAAAGCUGGUGGACAUUGAGAAGAACAUGUACAUGGGAGUGGCACCUGACCCAGAAAUCCUUAUCCGAACUUCUGGAGAGAACCGCCUCAGCAAUUUCCUCCUUUGGCAGACUACUAAUUGUCCAUUGUACUCUCCAUCUGCACUGUGGCCGGAGAUAGGUUUAUGGCAUUUGAUAUGGGCAGUAUUGAACUUCCAACAAAGUCACUACUAUUUUGAGAAGAAAAGGAAGCAGUUAUAAAUUCUUUAGGCCACACAAACCUUACCAGUAUAGGUUGUGCCAUAAUCACACAGGGACCAUUCUUGAAUAGCUAUCUGAGCUUUGGAAGCUUGAGCAGUGGGUUGCAUUGAUGCUGAUUGUAAGAAUUUGUUUAAAUGGCCAGGCCUGUAGAAUUGUGUUUGCUUAUGGAACUUAAAUAAAGCAUCCUUACUUUUUUUGAUCUCUCAGA